GGGGUUGGGGACCUCUUUAGUAAAGAAAAGUAAACUCCUCAAGCUGCAGGGUUUUAAAUCUAGAAACGCUGCAAAACUUUUCAUUUUUUUUCUCUAUUUGUAAUCAUGGAAACAACCGGUUCAGAAAGGAUAACGAAAGAAGACAAGCAGAAAGAGAAGACUGUGUUUCUGAGAAAAAAAAUUAACUUAUUCCGAGCGCUUUCACUGUUAAUUGGUACAAUAAUAGGCAGCGGCAUAUUUAUUUCUCCAAAAGGAGUAUUGAUCAAUUCUGGGAAUGUCGGGACAUCCCUGAUCAUCUGGGUGUCUUGUGGAAUACUUUCGAUGUUUGGAGCUCUCUCAUACGCAGAUCUUGGGACAAGCAUUAAGAAAUCUGGUGGCCACUACAUCUAUCUUCUGGAAACAUUGGGUCCCUUUCCAGCCUUUCUACGAUUGUGGGUUGAGAUCAUUAUAAUCAGACCAGCAAACACUGCAUUUGUUGCCUUGACAUUUGGCCGUUACAUCACAGAGCCCUUCUUUUCCCCUUGUCAAGCUCCACUUUUGGCAAUAAAACUUGUCAGUGCCGUUGGUGUCUCUCUCAUCGUGUUUUUAAACUGUUGGAGUGUGAGCUGGACAGCCCGGAUUCAGACCAUCUUCUUGUUUGCUAAGUUGCUGGCAAUUGGACUGAUCAUCAUUCCCGGGAUUAUGGUUUUGUUCCAAGGUCACUAUGACAACUUCCAGAAUGCAUUUGACAGUAAUUUACUCACAGUGGAAAAGCUCCCAUUGGCUUUCUACGCUGGCAUGUUUGCUUACAGUGGCUGGUUCUAUGUCAACUAUAUCACAGAAGAGGUCGUUGACCCAGAGAGGAAUGUACCUCGGGCAAUUAUCUUCUCCCUGAUAAUUGUUACUAUCCUCUACCUACUCGCAAAUGUGGCCUAUUAUGCAGUAAUGACAGCAGAUGAGGUGUUGGAUUCUAGCGCAGUUGCUGUGACGUUUGGCAUUCGUACUCUGAAGGAAUUUUCCCCAGUGAUUCCACUUCUUGUUGCCUUGUCGUGUCUCGGGGCAAUAAACGGAGCAUUGUUUUCUACUUCCAGGAUGUUUUUUGUGGCUUCCAGAGAAGACCAGUGGCCAGUGUUAUUCUCCAUGAUCCAUGUCCGAUACCACACUCCUCUUCCAGCUGUUCUUUUACUGUAUCCGGUAAUCCUUUUGAUGAUUUUUGGUGGUGAAUUGUAUGCCUUGCUGAAUUUUAACAGCUUUCCACGCUGGUUCUUUAUGGGGCUGGUAACCACUGGCCUCAUUCGGCAUCGCUACACACAUCCACAGCAGCCUCGGCCAUUCAAGAUUCCAAUCGUCAUUCCUGCCAUCUUCACAAUCAUGUGCCUGAUGAUUGUGGGCUUGUCUCUUUACUCUGACCCAUUUAACACAGGAAUGGGCUGUUUGUUAACCCUGACAGGCGUGCCUGUCUAUUGCCUGGUUAUCCGCAAAUCUCAAGUACCAGCCUGCUGCAGGAAAGCUUUUGGCUUCUUAACUACGAAGCUUCAGAUCAUAAUGGAGGUGAUGCAACAGGAGACUAUGACUUACUGAGGAGCUGACAACGAGAGGUUUUCCUCCACACGCCGUUCCCCAUGCAAUCAUUAUAAGGAAUUGCCCUGAAGAAUUACAGUGUCCUAACCUUAUCAGCCAGUUAGGGUAAUUUCACGAGACCUGCUUUUUCACUUGUCUCUCUUUCACAGAUAAUAAUUCUCCAGGUUCCCAUGAUUCAGAAAGCAGAGGCUUCAAUCAUUAAUUGUGGAAACGGCUAAAUUGCUCAACACAUUCAGAAGACUGAUGAACUGAUUGUUAAAGAUCUUUGAAAGCACCAAAGGUCUGAAAUCCCUUCCAGUCUUAGCCUAUGAGAACAUUUUGUCUUAAGACUUAAA